AUGGUGUUCUGGUGGCAGUUUUUGGCCAAGGCUGGGAGCCAAGAACACUUAUUAAUUUUGAUCAUGGACAUGACAUUGUGGUCGGUGGUGCGUGGUGCAGUGCGUGGUGGAAACAUACAUGUUAUAGAAGAUGUUGAGGGUGGCACCGGAGUUAAUGGCCAAAUGGGGUUCCUCGGCACCGAAGAGAAGGAUGCUGCAGCGACGCAUACUGGGUUCCAUUUCCAACGAGAGAAGAACUUAUGA